CAUCUGCACUUUAUCAUUCACUUCAAAGCAGCUGCUUCAUGCAAGUUCAAGCUUGUCAAAGUCAGUCACCACUGCCACCAGUGCAUGUGAGCUUGCUUUUCCGAGUUCCAUGAUGGAGAAAGCUUUGGCCCUGGGAUGUGCGCAGACCCACUCCCACUGCCAGCUGCUUCAGUGCAUUGCUGCAGCUUCGAGAGGCAGUUGUCCAGCCAGCAGCUGCGCAAAGGCUUGGUUCAGCGCUGGUUCUUGCAAGUCCUCAUAGUUUGAUGCUUCAAAUUCAAAGUUUUAAAUUGCUCACUGACGUGAAUCUCUUGAUUCUAAUGUUCCCAAGCCAUGGCGCGGUCUGAGGACCAUCCUUCAGCGGAAAGAAAGGGGGAGUACAGACCAAUUGAGGGACAGGUCGCACAUGAUUCAGCCGUAGAUUGUGAUGGGAAUGAAAAAGAUGCUGCAGCGAAAGCCGAGGCGGCAGUCUUUGAAGAGUUGCCGGUGGCAAGGGUCACAGGGGUCACCAGAGCUGAUGUUACGGAUGUGCAAUUGGUGUACACAAUUGAGAUGCGCUACAGGCAGUUCUCGUGGCGCCUGGAGAAGCGCGCGGGCCAGGUCCUCGCCCUCCACUUCCGCCUCAAGCGCCGCGCGCUCACCGUCGAGCUGCGCACGCGGCAGGAGCAGUUCAAGCUUUACUGGGACCGACAGCAAGAGAACCUCAAGUCUUACCUAGACCGUCUUCUGCCGGAGCACUCAUUUCGGGGGCACUCCUUCCGGUUUUCUGGGGGGGUUGCCGAGGGAGGCGAGGAGGGGUUGGAGGAUCCUUUUCGGGAAGGGGGGGAGCCGGAGGCUGGGCAGAGCACCCCCCGGAAGGUGGACGUGAGCGUCCCAGUGGAGGCGGCGUUCUCGGUGAUGAAGCCGACGUUAGGGAGGAGCGGGAGUGCGGCAGAGGAUGCGAUGCGAGUGAUGCAGGAUUAUGUGAACCACUUUUUGGAAAACUUAGAGUUGGUGAACACGCGCGAGGUGUGCCGCUUCUUGGAGGUGUCGCGGCUGUCAUUUGCGCGCGAGUAUGGCCCCAAGCUCCAUGAGGGCUGGCUCAGCGUGCGCCACCUGGCGGACCUGGACACGGAGGCAGACGAUGACGAGGAAGGCGACAAGGAACAAGACCUACCCCCCCGGAAGAAGACGCGCCCCGGCUGGUUCCGCCGCCUCUUUUCCUGCUUUUGCGGAAGCACGUGCUGCCGCGGAAACUGGCAGGAGGUAUGGGGGGUUCUCAAGCCUGGCUUCCUCGCACUGCUAGCUGACCCCCUCGACAAGAAGCCGGUGGACAUCAUCCUCUUCGAUGUCCUUCAGACAGCGGAACGGAACGGCGGAACCGAGCGGAACGACGGAAUGGAGCGGAAGGACGAGGGCGUGCGGCUGGCGAGGCCGCACAAGUACAAGCGGCCAAUGUGGUUUGGGUUUGAGGUUGCGGGUGGGGGCCGAGUUCUGCAAAUACGGACCAGGCAUGGGGCGGGUUCGAAAGACUGGGUGGCUGCGAUCAACGAGGCCGGGUUGCAGGCCCCCGAGGCGUGGUGCCACCCCCACCGCUUCGGCUCAUUUGCGCCCCCUCGGGGGAUGAUUGCCGAUGGCAGCGAAGCACAGUGGCUCGUUGACGGGAGGGCAGCGUUUGAGGCGGUGGCCAAUGCGCUGGAGUCAGCGAAGAACGAGAUCUAUAUCACCGGCUGGUGGCUCUGCCCCGACCUCUUCCUCCGGCGACCCUUCGCCAGCCACGGCCAGUCCACGGUCGCCGCCAUUCUGGAGGAGCGCGCGCGGGCGGGCGUGCAGGUGUACAUACUGAUGUAUAAGGAGGUGUCCAUCGCGCUCAAGAUCAAUAGCUUAUACAGCAAGAAGAAGCUGCAAGCGCUGCACGAGAACAUCAAGGUCGUGCGGCAUCCGGACCACUUUUCGGCGGGGGUCUAUCUCUGGUCCCACCACGAGAAGAUCGUGGUGGUUGAUCACCGGGUGGCCUUUCUGGGCGGCUUGGACCUGUGCUUCGGUCGGUACGACACCCCCGAGCACUCCCUGGGGGACCUGCCGGCGACCGUCUGGCCGGGGAAGGACUACUACAACCCCAGGGAGCGCGAGCCCAACUCGUGGGAGGACCCGCACAAGGACGAGCUGGAGCGCAGCCGCACCCCGCGCAUGCCCUGGCACGACGUCCACUGCGCGCUCUGGGGGCCGCCCUGUCGCGACGUCGCGCGCCACUUCGUGCAGCGCUGGAACUAUGCCAAGCGGAGCAAGGCGCCCAAUCAGGACGCCAUCCCGUUGCUGUUGCCCCACCAGCACAUGGUCAUCCCGCACUACCGGAGCGGCGACGAGGCUCGCGAAAUCGAGGAGCAGCGCAAGCAAGAGGAACAGGUCAUUGAGGCGCAUGCCCUGCCGGAUGCUGCCAGCGGCGAAGCCUCCGAACCGCCCUCGCGCCGCUCGAGCGUCCUUUCCAUCCCCCUCCUUUUGCCCCAGGAAGAAGCCCCCACCUUGACCCCCGGCCGUUUCCGCGGAACGCAUUCACACUCCCGCAGUGCCGACAGCCUUUUCCGGUCUGUGGGCACCCUGUUCCUGGGCAGUGUGAAAACUCUCGGGCGGGCCAACCAGUCGGACGAUGUCGGACGGCUUUUGGACGGGGAGAUCGGUCGGGAAGACUCUGGCGCGUUUGCGUCGACGUCCGGAAAUGCGGAGAUGAAUGACAUGGCGGAGCUUCGGAGGAGCGGGUCAUUCACACCGCCGGCCGGCCGGGGCCAGAGGCCCGUUGUGAAAACCCUCGGUCUGACCUGGGCCGACGCUCAGGAGUCGGCGGCGCGGCUGCGGGAGAAGUGGGCGCAGUUCGCUCGGAGGGGCGCAUUUACACCAUCCGGUAAGCGAGGCCCUUCCACACCGUCCGACAAGCGGGGCACACUUGCAAGUGCAGAGAAACGGGGCGAGUUCACACCGGGGUCUGCGGGGAAGGGGAAAAAGCACCUUCAGGUAGAGUUGAUGACCGGUUCCGAAACGGGGGGGCAGGAGCGCCUGGAGCAGCCACUGUUGGAUACCCCCCAGAGGAGAGCGAGCGGCGAAAGGGGAGAUGAAACGCCUCACAAGCAACUAGAGGGCGAGAGUUUGGUGGGCGCUUCGGUGCCGUCCGGCGAAGCGGGUCAGAGGGUGUCGUGUCGGUGCCAGAUUGUCCGCAGCGUGGGGCAGUGGUCCGCCGGGACGACGCAGGCGGAGGAGCGCAGCAUCCACGAGGCGUACUGCACGCUUAUUACAAACGCGCAGCACUUUGUGUAUAUUGAGAACCAAUUCUUCGUGUCGGGCCUGGACGAGGACGACACCAUCCAAAACCGUGUCCUCCAGGCGCUGUUCGCCAGGAUCCUGCGCGCGCACAGGGAGCGCGCAACCUUCCGGGUUAUUGUUGUCAUGCCGUUGCUGCCCGGGUUCCAGGGCGGAGUCGACGAUGCCGGCGCGGCCUCGGUCCGCGCCAUCAUGCACUGGCAGUACCGCACUAUCUGCCGGGGCAAGCACUCGCUGCUCACGCGGCUCGCGGAGGAACUAGGCACGGCGGCGGCGGUGUCCGAAUAUGUUGGGUUCUUUGCGCUAAGGAGCCACGGGAGGCUCACGCCGGGGGGACACGUGGCAACCAGCCAGGUGUACGUCCACAGCAAGCUGAUGCUGGUGGACGACCGGGUGGCGCUGAUCGGGUCCGCCAAUCUGAACGACCGCAGCCUGCUCGGCUCGCGCGACUCCGAGAUCGCAGCGGUGAUCCAGGACGAGCGGUACGUACCGGGCGCCAUGGACGGGCGCCCCUGGCGCGCGGGCCGGUUCGCGCAGUCGCUGCGCAUGGCGCUCUGGGCGGAGCACCUGGGGCUCAAAGAAGCGGACAUGGACGGAAUCCGGGACCCGGUGCACGACCGCACCUACUGGGGCCUCUGGAUGGCACGUGCCAAGUCCAACACCGCCAUAUACGAGGCCGCCCUCCUAUGCAUACCCAGCGACGCCAUCCACUCCAGGUCCGCCCUGCGCCAAGCUGAGGCUGCCCAGAAGGCUAAGGCCAAAGAAGAUGUUAGCCGAGAUCAGAUGACGGAAUCGAAGCCGUCCACAUCGUCAUUGUCUUCAGAGGUUGAUGGGUUAUUGGACGCAGUUAGAGGCCAUCUUGUUACCUUUCCGCUCGAAUUCACGAGGGACGAGGAUCUGAGGCCGGCUUUUAGGGAGAGCGAAUACUACGCUUCACAGCAGAUAUUCCAUUAAGUGGGUUGCACGCGCACGCGUAGCGGUUAUGAUGUAGGGGCACCUUGAUCAAGCUAUGGACACCAUUUGGCGACGGAACUUACCAGAGCUACGAAAUUCCAACAUUGUCUAGUUGAUAUGCUAAGUGCGGCGCUAGGCGGCACUUACCUCCGUUAAUGCACGAGGAAUCAAAGCUCGAUCUGUGCAGAGGUAUCAGGUCACUCACAAAUGUUCCGGGCUUGUACAGUUAUUCUCAUCUCUUCUUCAUACAGUAAUCUUCAUCUCAAUCUGGAAAAGAUGCUAGAUUGAUCAGUCCUUAAGUCCAAAAUUGCCA